AUGACAACUGUGCGCAAUGGCCCGCGGCUGAGCUUGCUGGUCCGAGUUAAUGAGGACACACACUUCACACCGACUGCCGUUCGACUGUGGUGGAUCGGUCUCCUGAGCCUGCACCUUGUUGGAGGACUAUUCUUUGGACUCGUCUUCGCAGCUUACUGGAAUAUGCCCGGUCUUGCCGUCACGACGUUCUUGGACUUCUACCAGAUCGGCAUGAAGUCCGAAAAUUUUCGCGCGAUUGCUGCCACACAUGGCGUUAUUGCCGGCUUGCAUGUCUUCUCAGCUCUGACAAUGAUAGCGAGAUCACUUCGGAACAAAAGGCUAACCUUCCGAAUAUUUUGUCGUCGGGGCUUCUUCGGAUCAGAGGGGCCUUACUACGAUUUAUUGCUCCUCUGCCGUGAAACGAUCGAGACGACUUUACAGACGAGUCAAGGACUUCGAAUGAGUCGGAAUGUCCCUCGACUGUGUCUCAAUCGCUUCUACGUUGCUCUGCUCGUGAUAAAUUGCUGGUGCACUGCACUGGUGCAUCACACGUUUCGACACAACAAGACCAAGAUGCGAUUGGUUGCGCUGUUGAGUGAUUGUUUUCUUGACCUCGUGACUUCCGUUGGGAUCCCUUUGCUUCUCGUUAUCUCGUAUGCGCAGGAGUUUGACGUCGCUACUGGGAACUUUAAUAUCUUACGCUGGUUCCAAGACAGAUGGCUCGUUAAUGCUAUGAACGAGUUCAACAUCAUUCUCAUCUUGUCGUGGAGCGAUCUAGCCACUCGAAUGGUCUUUGCGGUAAGUAUGCUAAGCAACCUGAACACGAUGGAAGUCCUGAUGACUGCAGUCACCACCAAAGACUCCAACAACACACCUACUAACCCGCGGGGAGCUACGAUUGCUCCAUUUGACAAGCAAAACGCUACGAACCAGACACAAAAUGUAGCUGCUGUGUGGACGGAACGAGUAGCAAGCUCGAGAUUGUUACGAUUCGCAUUUUUCUGCUGGGGCAUAGUCAUUCUCGGUGUCCACAUUCACGCUGAGGCGAACCCGAUGCUCCCACAAUGUCUAGUACAAGUCCGUCCAUGGGGGAUUUCGAAACCAGCGUGCUCUCUCGUCCUGUUGAACUGUAUUACAGACGCUACCGAUGGGGAGAAUGAGCAAGUUGCUGCUCAGUGGAAUCAGUUUGACGCGCAUUCGGUAAAGGCGUUGCUAGUUCGAAAUUGUCCAAGGCUAACAGUACCACCAAUAUUUACGACCUUCUAUACACUUCAGACAUUCAAAGUGUAUAACACAACGAUUGUCGAAUGGAAGGAAGAUGCAGCGCUCAACCAGGUCGAUCAUCCUAUGAUUCAGGCCGUAAUGUUCAUACGAGUGAAUGUUACAAAUGGAGAGCUCCCUCCAGGGUUGCUUUCCCCAACUUUCCCACCAACACUUAAUAUUAUCGGCUUUGUCGUGUCCAACCUGCGGGUAUUCCCAGAUGAUCUGCAUACAAAGUGGCCUCGCUAUGCUACGAUUCAUCUAGAUACGACACAGUUUACGGAAUUUCCAGAUACACUGUGGAAGAUACGGCCGACUGCUCUGAUGAUGCCUUAUACUCCGAUCGAAAGAGUCCCCAAGGAACUGUUUGAACUGGAAGCAAUGUGGUAUUUGGAUCUGGCAGGUACCAAGCUUUCUGCUUUACCCGAGGACGUGCCGUUACUGAUAAAUCCUCUGGUUGGUAUCAACUUGGGAGGAACCAAUAUCUCGUCAUUCCCGUCGUGGAUCGAUCCGUGGCUUGAGCGAAUGGCAAAUCCACUCUCCCCACCUCUAGCAGCAUCAGGGUCUCCGUACUGCUUCGAACGUGAACAAAUCUUUGCUGGCAACCGGACUGCGUUUUCAGCAAUGAAAUCGAAUUCUAGUAUGUUGAUGCAGUCAACCGAGGCGAACCGACCGUUUCUAUCGAAUGCUGUCAACUGCCAACCGUGUUUCCUUUAUCGAUUUGCACUUGCAUUCGAGGAUACAUUCCAGACCCUUUGA